CCCAUGUGUACCGUGGGCUUACUUCCCCAACAGCACACGCUGCAUCGUGCGAACUCCCACAGACCCACACACACGCCGCCGCCGCCGCCGGACGGCGGCCGGAAGAUGGCCUCGCUGGCGAUCCCCGACGAGCUACUAGUGGACAUCCUCCUCCGCCUCCCCACCCCAGAAGACCUCAUCCGCGCCUCCGCCGCCUGCGUCUCCUUCCGCCGCCUCAUCACCGACCGCUCCUUCCUCCGGCGCUUCCGCAAGAUCCACCCCCCGCCCCUCCUCGGCUUCCUCGACCCAGUUGUUCGCCGCUUCCACCCCGCCGUUCGGCCUCACCCCUCCGCGCCGGCGGCCGGCGCCGUCGCGCUCGCCGCCGACUUCUCCUUCGCCUUCCUCCCCGCCCCCGGCCCCCCCUUCGCCUUCAUCCCCGCCCCCGCCCGGGACUGGACCGUGCGGGAAGUCCGCGACGGCCGCGUCCUCCUCGACAGACCCCGCCGCCACGACUCCGGUGAUGGGCUCGGACCCCUCUUCAAUGAGAUGGUGGUGUGCGACCCCCUGCACCGGCAGUAUCUCCUGCUCCCCCCAAUCCCCGAUGACAUGGCCGCUUCGGUUGCGGACCACCUCAUGAUAUAUGGGCAGAGCUUCGCCGAGACCUUCCUCGUCCCUCCCGGCGUCGACGAGGAGGAAGCUGCUACGGCUACGGAGGAGACGUCAUUCAGGGUGAUCUGGGUGGUGCUGCUCCAAGCUAAGCAGAUGGCCCUUGUCUUCUCUUCCCGCACAGGGCAAUGGCGAGCCCUGACUCGGAGCGAGUCGUUACCUCUACCGGAUUUCACAUGGAUGGCUUGCUUCAGGUCACGCCAUUACGCCCAUGGCUGCUUCUACUGGAUUUCAGGUGAAAAAUUGCUGGUGCUUGACAUUCAGAGGAUGGAGUUCUCCAUGGCUGACCACCCACCCUGUGCCAGAGCUCCGAGCGAUGAUGUGGCCAUUGCGGAGGCAGGCCAAGGCACGAUUCGGAUGUUUGUGCCUACACCCAACACAGCUCGCCGUAGUUUUACGGUUUGGCGAAACAAUGGUGGGAUUUCCACCCAGUGGCAGUGGCAGAUGGAGAAUGAAACAAUCUUGCUGCCUUCUGGGUCCUUGCUCACGGGUGCAGUGGGGAGGCACUUGCUCCUAUAUCAUGUGGGAAGCUCGUCAAUCAGGCGAGGUUGUUACACGCGCGGCGUCGACACAUUCCAGUUUGAGAGGGUGUGUGGUUCUGCUUCAUUGCCCAAGCCGUCUCAUGUAUAUUGCAACUUUCCACCGUCGUUAUUAUCGUCACCGACAGUGUCAAGUGCCACACCCCACGCUGACGUCCGAGGAGAGGGGGGAGCUGUGCAGGUGCCUGAACCACAAGAAGUCGACGCUGGAGGCAUGGAAGGGUCCGUCCUCUCAGUGGCUGCCGAAGCUCCAAGCCCCAAUGACGAAGCAGAGGCGGGGUGUGGUGGGCGAGGAGGAGGCGCUGGGGCUGGUGCAGGGGCUGAACCUCCGGAGGGUGCAGGGGCGGGUGGCGUAGCUUGAGAGGGCGUGCAAGGAGGCGAGGGGCCUGCCGGUACCAGGGUGUCGAGGAGGAUGAUUGUGGCCAAGGGCAACAAGUUCUUCAGCUGGAAGGGCUGCUUGCCUUGUUGGAUGUGAUACCUAGUCUCAUAUCCUUUUGUAAGUUCAUUUGCCUGAUGUGUUGCGCUGGUCUUUUGGUUUUUGCUGCGUGUUGGUCACUCACUGGUUAUUAGUCAGGUAGGUAAAUGAGCAAGAGUGGCAGCUGAGCUGGGACUUCGAGCUUUCACCAUUGUCCCCUGUUUGCUCUUGUCGUCCUGUGCAACUGUUGCGAGAUGACACAAAAGCAUUGAGCUCCAGUUUGCAAAAACAUCUUAUAUUGUGGGAGGGAGAGAGUACUUCGCAUGUUAGUUUUGUCUGUACAGUUUGACCAAAUUUAUAUUGAAGAUUUUCAACAUCUGCUAUACCAGAUAAAUAUUAACACUAUGAAAAAGAA